AUGGACAACGCCGGGCUGCUCGCCGCCUGCCUCGCCACCGUCGUGGCCUACCUGCUGGCUGGACAUCGAUUGGUGGGUGCCGCCGACGCCCGCUGGCGCCAUCUUCUCGUCGUCCCCAUUGGCCGGAGAGCCAAACAUGUGGCGCUCGCCGUCGCGUUGUGCCUUCACGCGGCGGUCCUCCUCUCGUCCUUCACCACUAGCAGGGACCUCGCGAUGCACCUCCACGCGACGGAGGCCAAGCUAACGCGCAUGGAGCAAAUUAUCCAGAACCAAGAAAAGCACAACAUCGAGAUGAUGAACAGCAUAGCAAGUAUGUUGUCCAAUACUUCCGAUGACAUAAAGCUGAUGACCGAAAAAGUCACCAAAGCCGACAGCACGCCAAACUCUGAAUUCACUGUCGCAGUGGAAGAUGAUCUCCAGCCAGGUGAAACCAUGGAUCAGGAGUUUCCCAGCAUCUGUGAUGACCCGGAGCCGGAGGAUGCACCGAUACCUGAUCAGCAAGACGAAGCAGCGGAACCACACAAGCCAUGGAGGUUCAUCCCGGUGCCCGAAGGCCACGUCUUUGUGCCGGAAUGCGUCGGCGACAAGCUCAUAGUGCACAUCCGGCCGUCCUCGCAAAGUGGCUCCGAGCACGGCGCCACUGUUGACGCCGACCAACAGCUCCCCUUCAUCUGCGGACAUCCGGAGGCGGGAACGCCGUCCUUUUACGACGGCGGUCCUUACCGCGCGCUGUUCUGGUCGCUGCCCGAGCCUGACGACCAAGGCCCUAAAAACGUCUUGCCGUUACCAUGGCCGCGGUCGGAGAUGUGGGUCAGGCUGACGGCGGCGGCGCUGGAUGGGACUUGGGCUGUAAACCCCCCGAUUAUACACGAACAAGCGUUACCUGAGUCCGUGACGCUCUCCACCGACGUGGUGAUGUUUUACCGGCCGGACCCGGAGGCUGGGGGAACGAAUGUGAUGAUUGCUGCAACCGAGGAUGUGGAGCAUGUGUAUAGCAUGGAGGAACAUGGCGCCCCGGCGGUGACCGCUCUCACGCCGCACUCUAUUCUUCCCACAUAUUCUGGUCUUCCCUAG